AUGGAAAUGGACCUUACCUUCUACGAAGUUAAAGACAUCAGCGAUUCCGACUCUGAUCGCACAUUGCCCAAAAAUUUAAGAGAGGCAUCUACAGUCGUACUUCAAUCUAUCGAGAAUGAUGCAGCAGAACGAUACUCAGAGAACUCCUCUAUGCAGUCUCAGCGAGGAUCCGAUUGCUCGCUUCCUAGUGAUGACACUCAUAAUGCAACUCCCAUUCCCUUUGGAAGAUCUGAAACCCUUGCGGCCAACUAUUACAUCGAAUACGGAAUUCCUUUCCUGUACCCAUGUUACCGUUCCAACCCUAUUCAAGGCGGUAAAUCAUGGAUAUUGGACAUGGCGAUGAAUAAUCCGCUAUUACGACAAGUUAUCGUAUGCCAAGGCUCCUAUUUCUUUGGCCUUAUAGGGAGCUGGGCUGACAAUAACGCUCUCUAUGAGACGGCAGUCACACAAAUGAGUCAGGGUGCUACAAUUUUGACGCAGGGGCCGGAUGUUUUCAUCAGUACAGGCAUCCAAGACCGUCUACCCGAAGCUGUACAUACUAUGACAGCCAUUAUGCAAAUGCAGCGUUUCAGCGCUGCUACUCAAAGAUUUAGCAAGUGUCAGAGUUACCUUGAUAUCGCACGAACGAUAUUCAAAGCAGUCCUUGGAACCGCAACAUAUGGAUUGGAGAACCCCCGUUCAAGUUUCGAGGCCGUCAUAGAUCGCUUGGGACCAGGAUCCCAUAUAGUACCCUCCCAAAUAUUCCCAGUGAGCAGUCCUGAUCAAGCGGGGUUUCGGUUCAGCACUAUUCUUCUAAUAUUCGAUGACAUAAUUGCCAGCACUGUACGCAAUGAGAAGCCUACACUCUACGAGUACAUCCCUAGUAUUCUUGGCCACAAAGACGACCCCUACCCACCUAUUGAUUUCUCCGGUGUCGUGGGAUGUCGAAAUUGGGUAUUGGUACAAAUAGCCGAGAUAUCCAUGCUGAAAGCGUGGAAAUAUCAAUGCAAGCGAGCCGGAAUUAUCGAUCACGAGGAACGAGUCCGCCGCGUGACGGAAAUCAGAAAGGCGUUGGAACUGUAUCUUUAUGACCUUAAGAAGGAAGUUAAGACUAUUAAAUCAGGAGAGGACAUGAUGCCUGAAAUAUUUAUAACAGAGACCCUACAAACAAUUUCUAUCCAGACCUCCUUGAUUACACAAGUCUGGUGUCACGCAGCACUCCUUUAUCUAUCUCUAGUCGCGGAGGACGAUGGGCCUUCCGGAAUUCCGAAGCAAGUCCAUGUUGGCAAUAUCAUAGCGUUGCUAUACUUGGAGAUAUCGCCAAAAACACGUAUCCGCACGAUGGCGUGGCCGUUCUAUGUAGCCGGCUGCCUCUCGCAACCGGAGCGUCGGUGGUCUAUGCGCGAAACCGUGGCGAUGCUACAACCACUAAAUGCGUUCGGAACGAUACAGCUGGCAUUUGAUAUCAUGGAGAGCGUGUGGCAAAACGGGGGCGCAAAACCGAAUGCUUCGGAAGACGACCUUUCGGACUGGUUUACGAAUACAGAUAAUGUUACAGCGCUACUUGUUUAG